GUUGAUAGCAAAAAGUCCCACUUUUGUAUGUUUGCGCACUUUUCAAAAAACUGGGAACCACUCUCUUCCAUUAAAUUCACCACUCAUUUGCAAUUACAAGCAUUUUCCUCGUUUACAGACAAAUCAUAUUCAAUCUUUACACCAAACCAAAACAAACAACCAAUAAGCUAGUUCAAUAUGGAAAGUUGCAGAAGCUUUCUAGUUCUGGUAAUGGGGGUGAUGAUAAUGAUAAGCUCCUCCAUUUCUGCCCAUAAAACGCAUAUUCCUUCUGCUCCAAUUCCCAAGUUUGAUAGUUCUUCUUUUCCAGAUGGUUUUUUCUGGGGAACUGCCACUUCUGCUUAUCAGACUGAAGGGGAAGCAAACAAAAAAGGCAGAGGACCUAGCACAUGGGAUACUUUUACACAUAAGUCUCCAGAAAGGAUUGAAGAUGGUAGCAAUGGAGAUGUUGCCACUAAUUUUUAUAAUCUCUAUAGAGAUGAUAUUAAAAAAAUGAAUACGGAACUCGGUAUGAAUGCCUUCAGAUUCUCCAUUUCAUGGUCAAGGAUAAUUCCUAGUGGGAGGAGAAGCAAAGGAGUAAAUGAGGAAGGCAUUAAGUUUUACAACUCAGUCAUCAAUGAAGCUCUAAACAACGGAUUGGAGCCUUUUGUGACCAUUUUUCAUUGGGAUGUUCCUCAAGGCCUUGAAGAUGAGUAUGGUGGCUUCUUGAGCCCUAAGAUAGUAUAUGAUUUUAAAGAUUAUGCGGAGCUUUGCUUCCAAAGAUUUGGUGACAGGGUGAAGCAUUGGAUCACUUUAAAUGAGCCAUUUAUUUUUUCUACGCACGGGUAUGAUUCGGGUGAUUUGGCACCAGGCCGAUGUUCAUCUUGGGUCAAUAAAGCAUGCACAGCAGGAAAUUCUGCAACUGAGCCUUAUAUAGUUGGCCAUCAUUUGCUCCUUGCUCAUGCAACAGCUGUUCAAGCAUAUAAAAAACUGGGUCAAAACGGCAAAAUUGGGAUAACACUUGACGUAACUUGGUCUGAACCUUACUCAAACAAGGCAGCUGAUCGUGAAGCAGCUCAAAGGAACAUUGAUUUCUCCUUUGGUUGGUUCAUGGAGCCCUUAACCUACGGUCGAUAUCCAAAGAUAAUGCACACUUUGGUUGGACAUCGAUUGCCUAGUUUUACCGAGCAACAAUCCGAAAUGGUAAAAGGGUCCUACGAUUUUAUCGGCAUAAACUACUAUACAGCAAAUUUUGUUUAUGCUGUUCAUCCUCAUUCAACUCAUAUCAGAUACGCAACUGAUACACAUGUCAAUUUAACCAAGUUUAGAAAUGGAAAACCUAUCGGCUUACAGGCUUCCCCAAGUUGGUUGUUUAUUUAUCCACAAGGAAUUCGAUAUGUUCUAAAUUACGCCAAAGAUAGAUACAAUAAUCCAACAAUUUAUAUUACUGAAAACGGUAUUGGUGAUGACAAAAACAUUUCUGCAAAGGAUGCUCAGAAGGAUUUAAGAAGGAUACAAUAUUUUGAUCGCCACCUUUGGAAUGUGCUUAAAUCUAUUUGUGAGCACAAAGUAAAUGUGAGAGGGUAUUUUGCUUGGUCAUUUGUGGAUAACUUUGAGUGGGCAAAUGGUUAUACUAUAAAGAUGGGUUUGUAUGGGGUGGACCGGAGUAAUAAACUGGCCAGAAACCCAAAGCUGUCGGUUGCUUGGUUCAGAAGAUUCCUAGAGAAUAAGAAUUCCACUUCUGCAUCUAAAUGCCGUCUCUAAUAACCCAAACCAGUCUCUGAACUCACUCUUUUUGGACCCAGGAGCAUGGUCAAGUUUGAAUCACAAUGAUUAUGUUACCAUUUCAAUUACAAAAUAAAUUCUCCAUUCUAA